AUGGUGGAGUGGAUCCGUGGAGCCUGGCUAACGAAGGACGGUUCUGGCAUUAUGUCGCUAGAGAUCCCCCCUAUGCAUUUCGUUGAGGAUCAGAACAGUAAUAAAACUGGGCACUACAACGGUGGAGUUUUUGCACGAGUAUUUUACCGCAUGUCCAAAUUUUGGGGGAUAAGAGCUACGAUGGAGUCACUUAUGUACGCUAAAGACUUGAUGGGAAACAACGUAAUGAACAAAUACGAACACUUUGCUUGUAAAAUUAUUGAAGGCGCGUAUAGUGCAGGAGGUGACAGCAAAAAAAAGGUCAACGUACAUCACUCACCCGUCCCACCUAUUUGGACGUUACUGAGACGUGUUGGAAGGAUUCAUGAUAAUAAAACUGUGUCUCUCACACGUCACACGUUGGUUCUAAAUGUCAGCCACGACAUUGACAAACAGACUGAUGACAUUCACGACUUAAAGCAGACAGAUGCGCCUGACAUACGAAAUGACAUUAAAGUGAAGCGAAAUGAGAUAGGGUUAAAAGACGGACAAAGCGAAGUUGUCAGAGAUAACGAAACAAAAAUUGAAGUAAAAAGUCAACUCAGAAAAAAAUCUGAAAAGAUAUGCACACUAUCAAAGGAAAGAGCCAUCAUACUUAUUAAACGCAUUGAGCACGAGUAUUUUGAACUAGCAGGUCAGGCUGAGAGGGUAACUGGUGAUGAUUCACAGGAGGUUGAGUAUUACCUUUACAAGUAUACAUCUGGUGGAUUUAUCAAAAUGAUCUACACAAUUGAUAAGUGCUUUCAUCGUGUCAAUAAAGUCAGCCAUCAGAAAACUCCAUUCGGGGGUACUUGCGAAAAUCGUGCGUUUGGUAUAGGAGGCAACGCUUACAAUGGACCGAUCUUCUUCGGCAGGAAACCAUUUUGUUUGCUGGUCUCGUUUUCAGAUGACAAACAAAAGUGUAUUUUAAGAAACAAAUACGUGGAAGGAGUAGACGUACGGGGACUUUCUUUAUCGGAUGCUAAAAAUAAGUCAGACCCCCUUGAAUUCGACUGCAGUAAACCAUUUCUAGAUGGUCCCAAUACAUCCAUAUCACCCCUGCUGGACGCUUUUUUCUACGCCACCAAGGCUCAGCAGAUGCUGGAAGAGUGGUUUAACUACACAAAACUACAGGACCCACCCAUACAGGUGCGUGUACACUACGGGCGGAACAUUCCUAAUGCUCACAUGAUGGACAACAUACUUUAUUUCGGUGACGGGAGAGGUAAUAAGACGUCAUUUGCCACAGCAGCAGACGUAGUGGCACAUGAAUUGGGACACAUGAUUCUCGUUAAAAAUAACCAGAUCCCUGGGCACAUGACAAGGGACAGCAUAGCCCGGGAUGGCUACGCUGAAGCCUUUGGUGACUUUCUUGGUAAAACUGCGGAGUUCUACAUAUUCGGGAUGUUUGAAUGGAGACUCGCUACUGUGAUAACGAAAGACUAUUCCGGCCUAAGGUCAUUGGAGUUGCCAGGGAUGCAGGGCUUGAAAGAUGCGCUUCAUGAUGAAACUGGACACUACAAUGGAGGAGUUUUCACAAGGGUCUUCUACCGCAUGGCUAAGUUUUGGGGGAUCAGAGCGACAAUGGAAACACUUUUGAAGACAAAUGAUUUGAUCGGUCUUAACGAAAUAGACACGUACGAAGAGGUGUCCUGUAAAGUGAUUCAUGCAGCACAUUUCGUUGGCUUGGACAUGUAUGAAAUUGAACGCUUUUUCAAAACAGUUGGUUUUAAUACAACCCUGUUAUGUCCUAUUGAAGAGAUGCCAGUGAAAAUACUUAACACCGCAGAACUCACUAAGGUCACAGUUUCCUGUCGACGCCGUCCUUUCUUUCAUCUGCGCGACGCUAAUCAUACGUUUAUUGUUGUCACCACAAAACCAACAAUGGUGAGGAUAGUUGCCACAACUGACCGACAAGGACGAAAACCACUACAACGUCCUGGACUAGGGACGCUCAAGGUGAAGGACGCGUCUUUUUGCUGUGGGCCUGUAUACAUUCACUUCAGCACUGGAGUUUUGGCCGAGAAACAAGUUGGAAUUAGAGCACGUUAUGAAGAUUAGAACUAAUUUGUUUUAUUGACUGAUGAAAUCACAUCACGAUAUUAACACUAACAUCAUUGAUUUGAUUUAUUGAAUAAAAGA